UCCGCUGCUUGCGCUCGCUUCGCUACUCCAGCCAGCAACCGAACUCGCGAAAAAAGUUAUUGCGUGCCAGCAGCAGUCCUUUUCCUCAAAUUAACCCGGAAAAAAGUCGUGAUUUAGCUCGAAACCGUACACCGACGGCAGGGUCCACCGGAAGAAAGCACCAAACGGGUUGCUGGUGCACGGAACCGAUCGGAAAGAAGUGAAAAAUCGCAUUUCAAAAGUUGGAAAAUCACAGGUACAGUGAAGAGCUGUGCUCUCUGUUCUAGAACAAACUCGACAUCUCCGUCGUCGUCGUCGUCGGUCAGUCGGUCGGUCGCGGGGUUUGUCGGUGUGGGUAGUGCAUGCGCGAGAGAGCGGAAGAAGCGUGAGCGGACCGCGAGCAGUUUCAAGCAGCUGGUUGGAGGAGACGGAAGGAAAACAUUCGCCGAGUGACAGACAACUUCGGGGGUGCAAAUCAUCAUCCGACAGGAACAGGAAAACGGGAAGUUAAUCCGGAUCGAGUAAACCAAGAUCAGUGGAAAAAUGUCCCAGCAGGAAAAACAAUCUCAGCCCACCGUGCGGCACAUUCCGAUCUUUGUCGAGGGACGUUCGGAGCCUUUGGUGAACAAAGUGCCAGAAACUCAACCAAGCAACAACUCUUCGUCCAGUUCGAUUCCGGAGAUGCCUCGGAUGGAUAUGCCACGAAUGGACAUGCCAUCGCAUAACAACGACUUCUUCAAGCAGUCUAUCUUCGAUCGCGCGCGUGAUUUCCCGGUGCGGACUUUUCCCAAUUCUUCAUUUUUCAACAAGACCAGUCCGGCCCGUGAAGCAUCGCCCGCUAGGCAAGUUCCUGUUUAUACAGCAGAAGCUACGUCCACAGUGCCUCCGCCAUCGUCGCAGCAGCAGCAACAGAAGCAAGAACAACCCCAACCUCGGGGAUCAUCUGUGCCGCGGCAAACUCCCUCGCCUCCCACUGCACAGCAACAACAACAGCAAUAUCAACAGGAGCAAGCCAAACGGUAUCAGCAGCACCAGCAAGAACAGCAGCAACAGGCGGCGGCGGCAGCGGCGCAUGAUCAAACAGAUUCGCAGCCCAAGAAAGCUACUCCUCCCCCACAACCUCCGACGGCUAAUGAUCCGAUUAGCAAAAUCCAGAAGAUCCAGAGGGACGUUCUGCAAAUCUUCGACCAGGUGGAAAAGUUCCAGGGCAACAAGGAAGGCAAAAAGGACAAAACCUACAUCUACCUAGACGAGAUGCUGACGCAGAAUCUGCUAAAGUUGGACUCGAUCGACGCCGAGGAUCAACCACAGAUCAAAUCCGCCCGAAAGGAAGCCAUCAAGAGCAUAAACCAUUGCAUUGCCGUUCUGGAGGCGAAGGCGGAAGCUGCCGCCACGUCAGCGAAAGAUUCCAGCGAGCCGUCUUCGAAAGAAGGCGAUCAGCAGCAACAGGUGCCUAACGGAACGACCGACCGGACCGGUUCCGGCGCUUCCCUAUCGCAUUCUUCGUCCAACUCUUCUAGUCAGCAGCCGAUGCAUUCGGAUCAGACGCAGUAAGAUUUCCUAUCCUAUCUAUCCCCUUUCUACCAAAAAGAUCCGUUCAUAAUCCAAACACUCAAAAAACUUGUUCUCUUUAUAACCCUUUCAAAAUCAAUUAGUGGGGCCUACCACAAGACACACUUACAGCUAUUAGGAAACACGAAAAUUGCUAUACUCUGCUGCUAUUUAUGCCUAUUGUAAUGGCUACUUAUAUAUUAUAUUCUUACGAGGUUCUCCAGCGACGUGUUCUUUGAAUCGAGAAAUUUUAAGUGAGAUUUAUGAACCUUGAAAAACGCUAAAACGACGAACUCUUUUUCUAUCACACAAGGAAGUUUUGUAUUGAUUGAAGGUUUUUUCUUAGCAAGCAACACUUUGUAGAUAACGAGCAAACACCUGACUAACCAAAUUUUUAGGAAUUUUUCUUAAGUUUGCGAUAAGUUGUGUUUAAGUUAUUUCAUUUUCUUUUCACUUACUACGCGGGUAGCUUUUUUAAUUCGCAUUCAAUUCAGGGUGUCUACUCUGAAACUAUUAGUAUGCUAAAAACCGAAUAUUUAUCUGAUCGUGAAGUUUUAUAAAAUUUCUAAUUCUCUUUGAACAACUUCAUGCUAGAUUCCUUCUAUUAAAAUUAUUACUAUACCUGUGUGCCCUAUAAAAUUCCAAGACUUGAAGCACUUGUGAAGUAUCCAGGAGAAAUCUAGAAGUUGUUGCUUAGAUUUCGUAUGUGGCUUAGUAGCUUCGUAUGUGGCACAUUAACAGAUGGUUUUCUAUCAUUCGGAGUUGUUGAAAAACUUCUUGAGAACUAUAGUCAGAUAUAGUAGACACUCUGUAAUUGUUUAAAAAUCGUUCAAACCGUCCUAACUUACACUUCAUACGGGGAAAACAAUUGCUCUAAACUGUAAAAUUCGCUAAUCUCUACACAUUCACUGUUAAUCACGUUUAGGCACUACUACCGAACUACCAUCUACCAUAUACGCUUCUAGCUGUUGUAGUUAAUAAUUGGCUUGCAUUGCAGUGCGAUCUCUAUUAGAUAAAUUUCAUCCAACGGGAAUGCCAUCGAAUUCCCAGUACGCGAGCGCCAUCAUGACGGGCGCCGUCCUUCGAGAUCUUACCAUAUACUUCAUCGCACGCAUCGCCGUGCACCACACCUAUAGUAGCCUUCUUGUCGCACGUAGCCUUCACAGUUUCGCCAGGCCGAAAUGGCCAGCCACAUCCCAACUAAUGCAGUAUAGAAAUCGCCCGACUCCAAAAAAAGUUUACAAGAGUUUUAUUUAUUUGUUUAUUUUUUUACUUUGCUUUAUGUGUUUUAUGUUUUCUGUAGGAAUAAACACUAAUUUAAAAGAUGCAUAAUUUCUUAGACGUGUAAUAAGAACAGAAAAUACUGAAACGAAGCGUAUAAGAAAAUGAAAUCGGAAGUGAGUUGAUGAUACAUGUAUAAGGAGUAAAAUACUAUGUGGUAUAGUUUAUAUAUAAAGAUUAAACUUGUUUAGAGUCGACGAGAGAGAAUAAAUUAAUACAACAAAUAUAAUCAAAUUAAUUGAAACGCGCUGAAGGAGAAAAGUGAAAACAGGAAUAAUAAUAAAAACUCACACAAACCCACACACAUUUCAGUUUUAGUGGACAACUCAAAA